CUUUGCAACCUGCCUAAAGAACCCCUCCAAGUAGAUGACCAGUGCACUGAACUUGUGCUUUCCAUGUUCAUCGCCCUAGAACACUCUUCUGAAAGUACAUAUGAGAAGAUUUGCCAGGCUAUUCAGAAGUGUUUCCCUGAUGUAGGGCUCCCAAGCUUCCACCAAACAAAACAUCUCCUUGCCAAUCUCAGUGGCAUCACUUCUGUAGCCAAUCAUAUGUGUAUCAACUCUUCUGCUGCAUAUGUAGGUCCUCUGUCCAACCUCAAGAUAUGCCCAGAAUGCUCCAAGCUGUGCUAUGACCAAGUCAAGCUCCACAGAAGCAAUGGCAGGAUCAAGCAUCCUUGUGCCAUUUUCCAUACGAUCCCAAUUGCACCACAACUUCAGUCACUCUGGUGA